GCUUUAUUUUUGCUGUCAGAAGAACAAGAUUAGAAGACGAGACAAUGCAACUACCUUGGGCUCUGCUUUUUUCCUUGCUACCUGGCUGUUUUCCAGUGAGAGACUUCACGGAGGUGAAGGGCAUCGUGGGAGGAUCCCUGAGUGUGCAGUGCCCAUAUGAAGAGAAACACAGGAUGCAUGGGAAAUCCUGGUGCAAAGAACCCAAUCUGGAUUUAUGUAUCACCAUGGUUGAAACCAACGGGUCAGAGGGAGAGGUGAAGAAGGGACGAGUAUCCAUCAGAGACAAUCACUACAACCGCAUCUUCACAGUGACCUUGGAGAACCUGACAGCAGAUGAUGCUGCCUCUUAUGUCUGUAGGAUUGACAAAACCUUUAGCUUUGUACCCCUGUUGUGGUUUACAGUGUCUAUCUCCCAAGAAACAGUGGUGAACACAAGCAAGGCAGCAACAUCGACUGCUGAAAUAACAAACACUACACAAGGGUUACUGGACAGGAGUUUGCCUAACGACAAAGACUCUUCUAGGAGAUCUCUUCCACACAGGUCGUCUCUCAGCAACAUCUUUGUGGUCCUGAUCUUCCUCACCAGCUUGAAGAUGCCCAUUUUCCUGAGCUUGGUCUCAGUGGCCAUCUGGAUGAAGAUAUUGCAGAGGAGUCAGAGGGCAGCGAGUGCCGGUCACCACUGAGGAGCUCAUGCUUUCCGCCCCAGCGUCCAGCGACAGAGCCCAAGGUUCCGGAGGCUCAAUGAGCAGAGCCUGCAUCAUCUGACAACCUGCUUCCAAGGAGGGUGGGGAGGGCUGGGGCUGGAUCACCCAAACUGGGCAUCUCUCCAGAUGUUCUCCACAGGACAGUGUGGAAAGCAGCAAGCAGCAGGGACCCUAACCACCCAAGACUAACCUCUGCCUGGGCCCAAGAAUAGGCCAACCCUAUUCUUUGGAAGGCAAAGGUGAAGCCAACUCGCUAAAAUGCACAACGGUCGAUAGAUUCAGAAUAAACA